CUUGGACAAGGUUGCCUCAAAAAACUCUCCCACCCUUUUUGACGAGGCCCUUCAUGAGGAUUUAAGAAAAUUCCGCAGCCGAUUUCCCGAACUAACUUUGCUCCAGUAUGUUGAUGAUCUGUUACUUGCAGCGGAAAGUGAGCAGGCCUGCCGAACAGGAACAGCCGAAUUACUGACGGAACUGGGCCAGAUGGGAUACCGCGUCUCCGCAAAAAAGGCACAAAUUUGCCUGCCCGAGGUAAUCUAUCUGGGCUACCGCCUCAAAAACGGUUAUAGGUGGCUGACGGAAGCCAGAAAAGCUACUGUCUUACAGUUACCGACACCCACCACCAAAAGGGAGGUACGUGAGUUCCUGGGAUCUGCUGGGUUUUGCCGGCUAUGGAUACCUGGAUUCGCAGACCUGGCCCAACCCUUGUAUGAGGCUACCCGGGAAAAAGUAACUUUUCAGUGGACUCCCCAGAUGCAGCAGUCUUUUGAGUCCUUAAAGAGGGCUUUACUGUCUGCACCAGCCCUGGGUCUUCCGGACAUUACAAAGCCUUUCCAUUUGUUCGUAGAUGAGGCAAAGGGCAUAGCUAAAGGGGUGCUCACUCAGUCCUUGGGCCCCUGGAGGCGUCCUGUGGCUUAUCUGUCUAAAAAGUUAGACCCGGUGGCGUCCGGCUGGCCACCGUGCUUACGCAUGGUGGCAGCGGCUGCCCUCCUUUUCAAGGACUCCCAAAAACUGUCUCUGGGACAAGUUACUUCCAUAACCACCCCCCAUGCGGUGGAAGGAGUCCUCAGGCAGCCGCCAGAGAGGUGGAUGAGUAAUGCCCGAAUCACGCAUUACCAGAGCCUAUUGCUCAACCCAGAGAGGGUCAAUUUUUCGCCACCCACGGGGCUAAACCCCGCCUCCCUCCUACCUGCCCCUGACCUGGAGGCCCAUCUAGACUGUGUUGAUAUCUUGGCCCAGGUCCAAGGGUUACGCCCUGAUCUGCGAGAUAACCCUCUGCCGGACGGACUGGUUUGGUUUACGGAUGGGAGCAGUUUUAUCCACGAGGGCCGAAGAGCGGCAGGGGCGGCAGUGGUGUCCAUGCAGGAAGUCAUAUGGGCUGAGCCUUUGCCAUCCGGGACGUCCGCUCAAAAGGCUGAACUAAUUGCCCUAACCAAAGCUCUCACCUUGGCUCGAGGGAAAAAUUUAACUGUGUAUACUGACAGCAGAUAUGCAUUUGCCACGGCCCACGUACACGGGGCCAUAUAUCGAGAGCGCGGGCUCUUAACCUCCGACGGCAAAGGCAUUAAAAACGCUCAAGAAAUUAUGGAUCUCCUGGCAGCGCUGUGGCUACCACGUAAGCUGGCUAUAGUACAUCAUCCAGGUCAUCAAAAGGACUCCUCGACUCCAACUCAAGGUAAUAAGCGGGCGGAUGAGGCAGCACGCCAAGCUGCCCUAAUGCCGGUAGAUGCCCUGACAGUAAAACUCCCAGACCCAGGGGACCCGCAGCUGCCGGAAGACCCAGAGUAUAGUGCUAUGGACUUUGACUACAUACAGUCUCUACCGGGUGCUUUUUCUUUGGGACACUGGUGGUACACCCAAGAAACUAAGGCCAUCUUGCCAGCACACUUGGCCACUGAUCUCAUUCAGCGCUUGCACCGAGCCACGCAUUUGGGAAAAAAAAUUCUAACUCUAAUCAGGCAAUGGAACCUCCAUGUCCGGGACGCAACCUGUACCGUGCGACAAGUAGUGGCAUCCUGCCAGUCGUGUGCCAUGGUAAACGCCACCAAGACAACCGGUGAACCAGGAAUGAGGCCGCGAGGAACGCGCCCGGGGGUCCAUUGGGAAAUAGACUUCACCGAGGUAAGACCAGGUAAAUUUGGCUAUCGAUACCUGCUGGUCCUGGUGGACACGUUUUCCGGAUGGCCGGAGGCGUUCCCGACAAGAGGUGAGUCAGCUCGAGUGGUAGCCAAAAUCCUGUUGGAAAACAUUUUUCCUAGAUUUGGGUUUCCAGUGACCAUUGGGUCAGACAAUGGACCAGCCUUUGUCUCUCAGGUAUCGAAAUCUGUGGCUUCUGCCCUGGGAGCAGAGUGGAAGCUCCAUUGUGCCUAUCGGCCCCAGAGUUCAGGGCAGGUGGAGAGAAUGAACAGAACUUUAAAAGAAACUUUAACUAAAUUAACUUUAGAGUCUGGCGGGGACUGGGUGACUCUCCUUCCCUAUGCCCUCUUCCGGGCUCGCAAUUCCCCUUAUCGUCUGGGUCUGUCUCCGUUCGAGAUUAUCUAUGGAACCGCCCCCCCAACCACACCGCACGGUGCGCAGUUAGCUUGUGAUUUGCCUUCUGAUUGUGAACUUUUUCUUUCUGUGUGGGCUGUACAGCAGGCUCACCAGGAGGUCUGGCCCCGCCUCAGAGCGCUCUAUGAAGGGGGAGGACCUUCUCAGACAGCCCACAAAUUUCAGCCUGGAGAUCUUGUCCUUGUCCGCCGACACAAGACCGACGGUCGUGGCCUCCAGCCCCGGUGGAAGGGUCCCUACAUCGUCCUCCUGACCACACCCACCGCACUCAAAGUGGACGGCAUCGCGGCCUGGGUUCAUCACUCACACGUCAAGACGGCACCAACUGACGACUCCCAGCUGCAGUGGCGAGCCCGGAAGCAUCCCACCAAUCCACUCAAGCUGACUCUUCAGGCGCUCCCGGCUACAACCCAUCGCUCCCAGACCACUGCCCACGCCGUGAAAAAUGACACCAAACUGUAAUGUUGGCUAC